CCUAAAAGCGCACUGAUCCAUCACACAACAUCCGUUUAGGAAGAGCGAGCAUGCAAGGAUGCAGCAAAACCGGACUUUUACCCAGGGGACUGCUUAGAGAGCAGUUUUAUUAUUAUUAUUAUCAUUAUUUUCUUUUGGAUGGACAAUCACAUCCACACAUAAUCGUGUUAGGAUAUAUGAGUGUUGCAGAGGAAAGGCAUGCAGCCAAAUGAUCAGAGCUAAGAGGAUUUAAUGCAGCUGGACAUGACCCAUGCUGAGUAAAGAAGAAGAUUGUAUAGUUUUAAUCAAAUGCAAUAAGUUUUUAUUGCUGGUCACUUUGAGUUUGGACUGUCGAGGAGCGAUGUUUGUCUUCAUCUCUUUAUGCACUCCGUUAACUACACUAUAAGUAUGCUCACUGCACAGAGAUGUAUGGUUUCAACUCGACAGUAAAAGGGUUUUGUGCUUUUAGGAAUACUGACACAAGACCUUGCAACGGGUGGACCUGAUCUUUACUAAGCCAGAUCUGGACUCAAAAAACACAUGAAGAUGUGUCAGUGUUAUUCUGCCCUGCUUAUGAGCUGCUUGUACAUGGUGACAUGUGGAGCAGAGCUCAGAGCAGCUGUGUCUCCUCUGGGUUGGGGAGAGAGUGAUAAGGAGGAAAGCGUCUCUCCUUACGGCUCUCAUUCAGGGAUUCUCAAAUCCCUGCGGCUUUUCUCCCACACGUCCCAAUCUAACAGCCAGAGCCGUGAAACCGCUCAGGACUCUGGGGCACUGGAUCUGUGGGCUUGGUUAUCCAACCACACUGAUACUGAAGGAACCCUCUCGAGGGCCAAACGUCGUCCCUAUGUGAAAACUGGCAAGUUUAAGAAAAUGUUUGGCUGGGGCGACUUCCAUUCGAACAUCAAAACAGUCAAGCUAAACCUUCUCAUUACUGGGAAAAUUGUUGACCAUGGCAACGGAACCUUCAGUGUGUAUUUCCGACACAAUUCCACCGGUCUGGGCAACGUGUCUGUCAGCCUGGUCCCACCUUCCAAGGCUGUCGAUUUUGAGAUCACUCAACAGGAAACCAUAGAUGUACCUAAAGACAAUAAGGCCUUCAACUGUCGAGUGGAAUAUGAGAAGACGGACCGCAGCAAGAGGACGUCUGUUUGCAGUGAUUUCCCGAACAGGGUAUGUUUCCAGGAACAGACCCAAAGCCAUGUGUCUUGGCUUUGCUCCAAGCCCUUCAAGGUCAUCUGCAUCUACAUUGACUUCUUCAGUGCAGACUACAAGCUAGUACAGAAGGUCUGCCCAGAUUACAACUACCACAGUGACACUCCCUAUACCUCCGUGGGAUAGCACAGCCUAGAUUGGAUGUGUUGAGGUAACUGAGGCGUCAUCUCAUUGUUACAGCCUCUCUAGCCUGUAGUUUCCUUGUUCUGCUCCACAAAGAACCAGAAAUGGAAGCAAGGCCAGAUUGAGGAACCACUCUUUUGAUUCUAUCUUACUUGUCCUUCUAUGUCGAGGAAUGGAAUAGUUCACCCAAAAAAGUAUUACGUUAUUU